AGAGGAGCGGUGUGAAUGUGAGGCGUCGGACGGAUGUCUCUGCCUAAUAUCAGGAAUUUAAAGUGUCUCUCGCCGGUCAUGUGCCAGUGUAAGGUCAUCUGCAGCAACCGGACGCUGUCGCUCAUGUUCGGAUGUAAGAAGUACAGGUACCAGGAUGAGGAGACGCCCCCCUUGGAGCACAGUCCAGCACAUCUGGCUCCAGGAAAAAGUGCCGAAAUGCUGCACAUGAGCGACAAGAACCUCGCCGCCAUGGAGGCCAUACAUGGCUACACGCCACACACACAUAUCUCUCCUGUCAAGCCAGUAUUGAUGUCGACAGGACACACUCCAAUGUACACCUCUGCUGUUUCCACACUGGGAAAUAGUCCUCCUGUGGUUGUGAACACGGACACACUAGAUGGAUCGCCAUAUGUGAAUGGAACAGAAGGGGAAAUCGAAUAUGAAGAAAUCACACUGGAGAGAGGGAACUCAGGCCUGGGCUUCAGCAUAGCAGGGGGAACCGACAAUCCCCAUGUGGGCGACGACCCGAGCAUCUUUAUCACGAAAAUCAUACCCGGAGGAGCAGCGGCUCAGGAUGGGCGCCUGAGUGUGAAUGACUGCAUCCUAUUUGUGAAUGAUGUUGACGUGAGAGAGGUGACACACAGCCAGGCUGUGGAGGCUCUUAAGGAAGCAGGUGCUAUCGUCCGGCUCUACGUUCUCCGUCGAAAACCUGCGGCGGAGAAAAUCACCGAGCUCAAACUUAUCAAAGGGCCUAAAGGGCUAGGUUUCAGUAUUGCUGGAGGAGUGGGAAACCAGCACAUACCAGGAGAUAACAGCAUCUAUGUCACCAAAAUCAUAGAAGGUGGAGCAGCACAUAAAGAUGGACGUCUGCAAAUCGGGGAUAAGAUCUUGGCGGUAAAUAACGUGUGUCUGGAGGACGUCAUGCAUGAAGAUGCUGUGGGGGCACUGAAGAACACAGCCGAGGUGGUGUACCUCAGGGUGGCCAAGCCCAACAAUCUGUUUCUCACCAACUCCUAUAACCCUCCAGAUCUCACCAACACAUAUUCCCACAUGGAUACUGAACUCAGCCACCCCAACUAUCUUGGCUCAGAUUACCCACAAGCUCUCACCCCCACCUCACCGAGUCGGUUUUCACCUGUUCUGCAUGGCCUGAUGGGAGACGAUGACAUCCCCAGAGAACCUCGGCGGGUUCUGAUUCACAGAGGCUCCACGGGUCUCGGAUUCAAUAUCGUUGGUGGGGAAGAUGGAGAGGGGAUUUUUAUCUCGUUCAUCCUGGCAGGAGGACCAGCUGACCUCAGUGGAGAGCUACACAAGGGCGAUCAGAUCCUCAGUGUGAACGGGGUGGACCUGCGAAUGGCCACACACGAGCAGGCGGCUGCAGCGCUGAAGAACGCCGGCCAGACAGUGACCAUCAUUGCUCAGUACAGGCCAGACGAGUACAGUCGUUUUGAAGCAAAGAUCCACGACUUGAGGGAGCAGUUGAUGAACAGCAGCAUGGGCUCUGGGACGACCACACUAAGAAGCAACCCAAAGAGGGGCUUCUACAUCAGGGCUCUAUUUGACUAUGACAAGACGGCGGACUGCGGCUUUCUCAGUCAGGCGCUUGGCUUUAGGUUUGGGGAUGUUCUCCAUGUGCUGGACUGCGGUGACGAGGAAUGGUGGCAGGCGCGUAAGGUCAGCCCCCAGAACGAGGCUGAGGAGGUUGGCUUCAUUCCCAGCAAACACAGGGUGGAAAGAAAAGAGUGGUCGCGUAGCAACACCAAAGAGAGGGAUCACGGUCGGGAUACCCUGACGCAAGGGAGAGAUAAAACAUCACACAGUUAUGAGACCGUCACCCAAGUGGAAGUUCACUAUGCGAGGCCCAUCAUCAUUCUGGGUCCUGUGAAGGACAGGAUAAAUGAUGACCUAUUGUCUGAGUUCCCUGAUAAGUUCGGCUCGUGUGUCCCACACACCACACGUCCAAAACGGGAGUAUGAAGUGGAUGGGCGGGACUACCACUUUGUGUCAUCAAGGGAACAGAUGGAGAAAGACAUUCAGAGCCAUCGCUUCAUCGAAGCGGGCCAGUACAACAGUCAUCUGUACGGCACCAGCGUCCAGAGUGUCCGCGAGGUGGCUGAACAGCAAGGGAAACACUGUAUUCUGGACGUGUCGGCAAACGCCGUACGACGACUCCAAGCUGCUCAGCUUCAUCCUAUUGCCAUCUUCGUCCGGCCUAAGUCACUGGAGAAUGUUCUAGAAAUUAACACUCGCCUGACAGAGGAGCAGGCCAGGAAAGGAAUGGACCGAGCUCUUAAGCUAGAACAAGACUUCCUCGAGUGUUUCUCCGCUGUUGUGGAAGGGGAUAGCUUUGAGGAAGUCUAUCACAAAGUAAAGACAGUGAUCGAGGAGCAAUCAGGGCCUUAUAUUUGGAUUCCCACGCGGGAGAGGCUGUGAUGCCCUCCCUUCCCCCGCAUAUCAUCUACCGACUCACGCCACCCUCCACCGCCAAAACAGCCUCGCCUCCAGAAAAGUCUGUGCUUGACUGAAGAAGACGGAUAACAGAAACGCAGGAAGUGACACAGUGAGAGUGAUCCCAGAAAAGAACUGACAGACACCAAUGUGUAAUUAGACUGAAACAGACUUAAUUAGUAUUCCACUUUCACGGCUGAGUUCUGAGGCCGCGUUCACACUUGGAACUAAAAAGCCAUUUCACCCCAAAGCGGGGACACGGAUGUCUUUUACGCAAAUAUGAUGGGAACCACCUCAGUUUUGGUUCCUUGGUAUCUAUAAAAUGUCCUCCCAUACGCCAGAAUGGAAUCAAUGUGAUUACUUGUGGCAUAUUCCAGAUGCAUUUUGGUGUCAAGUGUGAAGUGAUGCGUAGCUCAUCUGUCUUGAAACAGUCUGGAGGUAAAACAAGACAGAUAGUUUUCAAGCCUACACCUGAAAUGAAGGUGCCCUAAAAGACUUUGGUUCUCCCAUUUUUUCUAUACCUGUAUCUGCUGGCUAUUGAUCCACCAGUCCACUCUGCCUUGUUUCAGGACAGAAAAUGAGUGUGGGUGCUGCUGAGACCAGAAGUCUUCUAUGGGCUAAUCUUUUACUGAUCACCUGUCAAAUAUUACAAGGCGCUGUUAUUUAGUGAAAAUGAUUAUAUUGAGGAGAAAAAAAAGUGAAUAUGCAUUGUGCAUGCAUCCUCAAAGACAAUGGAAGGACAGGACACGAAACAAAGAAGUGGGGGGUCUUUAAAUUAAGUCGAGCUUUUAAGCAUGUCUCGUGAUGAAGAAGAGAGACACGGUCACUUGUGAGCAGAGGGGAAACUCUUGACACACAUUUUAACUCCUUACGCACACACGUUCGCACACUCUGCCACAUGUCAAAUUGUAACCUCAGCUUUUACCAAUCGCCCAAAGGGAGGGGGGAGGAGAGGGGGGUCUGUUCUGACCUUUGUCUGGUCACAAACCUGGAUGAAUGUUAUCACUCUCUGGGCACAAACAGUACUGUCCCAUCACUCUUCCGAAAUCAAUCCCUCAGCCACAGACGUUCACACUCUUCUCCAGUGGCCGUUCUAAAAGCCAUGGUGUCACGGUGUUUGUGUGUGCGUGUGUGUGCGCGUGCGAGGGAGGUACACGUCUUCUUUUACUCUCUUGCUUCCAGUUCUACUCUGCUUUCUCCCUCUUGUGACCACACACACAUUAAAGCUAAGUUACAAAUAAAUGGUCAAUAUAUAUAUAUAUAUAUAAAUAUAUAUAUAUAUACAAAUAUAAAUAUAUACACAUAUAUCUUUUUUAUGACGAUUUCUAACAGGACUAUAGUCUGUAAAAAAAAAAAAAAAAAAAAUCCAAAGUUCCAUUGGUUCUUUUGUUUGAAUUUGCAGUUUGGUUUGUGAAAUUUAAUCCCUCAGCAAAAAGCUACGCCAAAAUGAAGACCUCACUAUUUGACGUGUCAGUCAUAUGUUGGAAACCAAUGGAAGAAUCUAUACAAUGCAGAUAUGUGUGUGAGUGUGCGCGCACGCGUGCGUGAAAUAUGAUGAAAUAUAAAUUAUAUGAUAUGUGAAUAUGUCUCUUUUAGAACAGCCACAAUCAGUUCCGAUAGAUCAACGGGUGGUGUGCGUACGCGUGCACGGACGCGCACAUGAUGUAGUGCAAUAUGGCUAUGAUGUUAUGCAAAGAAAGUUCUACUUUUGUCCAGAUUAAAAAUUAUUUAUUGCACUGACAGCAUUUUAUGCCACAGGUAAAAAGGAUUUUAUGAGCAUGUAUUUGUGUUGAGUUAUUUUUUCAUUUUACUGAAUUCUAAGAGUGCAGGUAAAGUAUUGUCAUAUUUAUUGUUGUUGGUUUUUUUUUCUCAAUUUUUACUUUUAUUUAUUUGAAAUUGUCUGUAUAUUUUUGUAUUAUUUUCCACAUUGAGAAGGUUUUUGCGGUCUUGCUGUAUAUAUGAUGCCGUCUGGCUUUAGAUUUAGCUGUGGACACUGCACAAUUGAUGACGACUACUCAAUCCAACAGAACGACAGCCCAGUUGAACAGCUCCAAAAGAGAAACAUCUGCACACACACACACAGGACACACACACCCAUACACACGUACACACAUACACACAAAUAUAAAAGCAAGCAUCCAAUCACAUCCAUGAACAGAAUGUUUUCAGUUUGAUUAUUUGAGGGUUCCGUGUAUUUCUUAAUAUCUCUCUCAGCCAUCCAUAUCAUAGUGUGAUAUUCCAUAUUACAAGAAAGUAUAUUAAUUUUUACAGAAAAGAUUGAUUAUAACAAAGUUGACUGAUGCAGAAAACUUAUAUUUAAACAAUGACAAUAUCGAGCAAAUUAAAAUGUUCCAGUUCAGUGAUGCGCUUGUUGUAAA